AUGGACGCCGCGACGAUUGAAGAAACGAACCGGAUCCGAGUAUCCCUGGGCAUGAAGCCGCUGCCGGUCCCCGGCAAUGUCGCUUCAGAUUCAGACACGGAUUCGGAAAGCGAAGGCGAGAAGGCCAGCACCGUCGAGACGCGCCAGGCGCUCGCGUAUGACAACUACAACAAGAUCAAGGAGGCGGAAGUAGCCAAGAAAAAGCGUGACGAGAGGAACGCGGCCAUCAAGAAGGCACGCGAGAAGGCACAGCUGCAAGCUCAACUUGAGGGCGAGGGCCUCGGAGACGCAAAGGAUGCCGAUGUCGAUACCAAAGCAUGGCUCCUGAGCCAGAAGAAGAGACAGAAGAGGAUUGACAUGGCACGCAAGCUCGAAGAAGAGCUGGCCGCUGCCGAGGCUGAGGCUGCUGCGGCUGUCCAAUACACGUCAAAGGAUCUCGCCGGCAUCAAAGUCGCCCACGACAACGCGGCCUUUUUGGAUGGCGACGACCAGGUUCUUACACUCAAAGACACAAACAUUGGUGCUGAGGAUGAAGAGGACGAACUUGAGAACGUCACACUCCGCGAACAAGAAAAGCUACAGAAUCGUCUAGACUUGAAGAAGAAGCGGCCCGGCUACAAUCCAAAUGACGAAGACGAGAGUGGCGGACUACUAGCGCAAUACGACGAGGAGAUCAACGGAAAGCAAAGCAAAAAAUUCACGCUGGACUCGAUCGGUGCGUUCGGGGAACUCGCCGACAUUCUCGACAAACCAGUCGAGACGGCUGAGAAACCUCAAAAUGUCAGCUUGGAUGACAUUGUUGGUGAUGCCCCAAUCUCAUCAGAUUACCUCGCUCCCUCAGAAAUCAAGAUCAAAAAGUCCAAGAGGAAGAAGGGCAAGAAGGGCACGCGCCAAAAGCAGGCCGAUGAUGACGACAUCAUCCCGUCUGAAGUUGCACCUGACAGCAAUGCGAUGGACAUGAACACCAAAGAUGCGGCGCCGACCAAGAAGAGGAAGCUUGACGACGGCUUCGCAGACGACGACGGCGAUGAUCUGCAAGCAUCACUCGCUAUCCAAAGAAAGACGGCUCUCAAAAAGCGCAAGAAGAUGCGACCAGAGGAUAUUGCUAAACAGAUGAGAGAGCAAGGGGAUGAACCGGUGAAAGAGGAGGAUCUUGGAGACCAUGGUCUAGUCCUUGAUGAGACGUCAGAAUUUGUGUCUGGUUUAGGCAAGCGUGAGGAGGAAGAGGAGCCGGCAAGAAGACGCCGAAAAGCCACCACAAAGACUCCCGAGGUUGCUGAGCCUCAGCAAGACCAAGAAAUGGAAGACGCGCAUCAAGAGGCAGAGGACACUAAUGUCAAAAGAGAAGAUUCGGAAUCUGCCGAGAAACCAGACGACUCGUACAUGGACGAGGAGAAGACGCUGGACAGAGGUAUGGGUGCGGCUUUGUCCCUUCUCCGUGAGCGUGGUCUUGUCGAAGAGUCACAGGGAGACGAGCGCUUUGGAUCACUGCAAGCUCGCGAGAUUUUCCUCGCCAAGAAGCGCGCUUUGGAGGACGAACUCGAGCAACAGACGCUGCAGCAACGUGAGCGCGACCGCAGAAGCGGCAAGCUCGACAAGAUGUCGCAGCGGGAAAGGGAAGAGUACGCCCGGCAACAGAACCAGUGGCGCGAACAGCAACAGUCGCGCCGCAUUGCCGAGCUGUUCUCGGCCAGCUACAAGCCAAGCUUCAACAUCAAGUAUCGCGACGAGCACGGCCGAGACCUCAACCAGAAGGAAGCCUUCAAGGAGAUGAGUCACCAGUUCCACGGCAAGGGCAGCGGCAAGGGCAAGACGGAGAAGAAACUCAAGCAGAUCAGCGACGAGAAACGCCGCGAGGCGCAGAGCUUGUUCGACGCGACACAAAACAGCGGCAUGACGAACGCGACGGCGCAGCAACUCAAGAAGCGCAAAGAGGCCGGUGUUCGCCUGGGGUGA